UCCCUCUCUUUCUCUCCCCUUUUAUAUUUUGGCAUCCCCUCUUACGCUCUCUCUCAACCACAGUGCCAGUCAAACAUUACCCGAAUGAGUUCUUUUCGAAUCUGGUAACCCAAAAUUCCAACUCUCCGGUGAUACCCCACCGUUUGAUGCUGUGAUAAGGGAGAAUUUCGUCAACGGAGACCGAGAUUCCGGCCAACUAUAUCUACAUGGGGCAGAGCUCCGGUGAUCAUAACGAUUAUUCCUCGACUUUCAGUGACUGUAACAGCGAUAGAUCCGGUGAGUUUCCGACGACAUCGUCUCAGGGCCGCCGACUGCUGCUAGCCUGCGCUGCGGACAAUUGCGAUGAUCUGAUCCGGCAGCUCGUUUCCGAUCUCGACUCUUGUUCGAUUGAUGAGCAAAAGCAAGCCGCCAUGGAGAUCAGGCUCCUCGCCAAGAACAAGCCCGAGAAUCGUCUCAAGAUCGCUGGGGCCGGGGCUAUCAAGCCGUUGAUUUCUCUUAUCUCUUCCUCUGAUGCUCAGCUUCAAGAGAACGGAGUUACGGCGAUUUUGAAUCUCUCUCUGUGCGACGAGAAUAAGGAACUGAUAGCCUCAUCGGGAGCUAUUAAACCACUGGUUAGAGCUCUCAAGACUGGGACAUCAACAGCGAAGGAGAACGCAGCUUGUGCUCUGCUCCGCUUGUCACAGAUAGAGGAGAACAAGAUUGUAAUCGGAAUGGCGGGAGCGAUUCCGCUGCUAGUGAAUCUAUUAGGGUAUGGUAGUUUUCGGGGGAAAAAGGACGCCUCGACGACUCUAUAUUCGCUAUGUUCGGUGAAAGAGAACAAAAUCAGAGCAAUUCAAGCCGGGAUCAUGAAGCCUCUAGUGGAAUUGAUGGCGGAUUUUGGGUCCAAUAUGGUGGAUAAAGCAGCUUACGUGUUAAGCCAAUUGGUUUCUCUCCCUGAAGGCAGAACUUCUUUGGUUGAGGAAGAUGGUAUUCCGGUACUCGUGGAGAUCCUUGAAGACGGAUCGCAGAGGCAGAAAGAAAUUGCAGUUGCAAUUCUCUUACAGAUUUGCGAGGAUAGCUUGGCUUAUCGCAAUAUGGUAGCCCGCGAAGGAGCAAUUCCUCCUCUGGUCGCAUUGUCACAGUCCAGCGCCAAUCGCUCUAAACAGAAGGCGGAGGCACUCAUUGAUCUUCUACGGCAACCAAGAUCCGGCAACGUCGCUGCCAGAACGUCAGAUGUGUCAGUCUAAGGCCCCCACACCACAUGUCAUGUAACAACACAGUCACACUUCGGCGAAAAGAAAAAAAAAAAAAGAGAGAGAGAAAAAAAUGUAAAUAUCCGUGCAACGGAGCUUGUAAAAUUUGUGACAGACGGAUGUGGGUUUGUUUGGGUUUUGGAUUGGAAAGUCGUGAUACACGCUCUUUGUUUGAUUAUUUAUCAUAUGUCACUUUUGUGAGUCGGAGAAGAAAGCAUUAGGAAAAGUAAAGGCAAUGGCAGCCAUGGGAAUAAAAUAAGGAAUCAAAAUGGAGAAAGAGAAGUAAAAGCAUUCUGGUGGAUGGAUUUGACAAAUCGCUAACGUGUCCACGAGGAACGCGUGCUGAGACUGAGGCCCGGGAAUCUUUUUUCAAAUCGUAGCCAUUGAUUUUUGAACAGCUUAGCGCUUCUCUUGGUCUGCCACGUGCCAAUCUUUCCCUUUUAUCAACUCGGUUUGUCCUUCACCUUCCCCCAACUUAUGAUGGCGGCUGAUUCUCCAUUAUUUUAUUUGAUGACUCACCUUUUGUAUAGUUUUUUCCCACAUUAUAUCAAAUCACAAAAUAAAAACAA